UUAAUAUUGCCCUAUAAAUAACUUAGCAAUAUUAAUGUAGCUGUUCAUGACUCCAAAAUGGCAAAAGGUACAAAUGAUGUCCCUAAAUUAUAUAUCGAAGCUGUGCAGACUGUGUCUCCAAUGACAGUGACCGAUGAGCGACGAGCACGCAAAGUGCUGGCCAUGGACGACCUUCUCGUCUCCGGAAUUAUUCUCAAAUGUCGUCUUCACGUGCUUCUUUAUUACAACAAUGCGAGCGAGGAUGAUUCCGGCUGGUUUUUCGCUGGUUGGUCAAGGGAGUCACUCGCUAGAGCAUUGUCAGAGCAGCAGCCAUUGCUUGCCGGAAGGCUCCGGCGUGUGGAGGAUGGCGAUGGAGAGCUAGAAAUUGUGUCCAAUGAUAGUGGCGUUCGGCUCAUCGAGGCACGCAUUGCUAUGACUUUGUCAAGCUUUCUUGAAUUGAAGGGAAAGGAAAGGGAAGAAACAGAAGCUCAGCUUGUUUCUUGGACGGAUGUUGCCGAACAAAAUCCUCAGUUCUCUCCACUGUUUUACAUUCAGGUGACGAACUUCCAGUGUCGGGGAUACUCAAUUGGGAUUAGCUGUAGCCUUCUUCUGGCAGACCUGUUGGUGGUGGAGAACUUCCUCAGUAGUUGGGCAAUCAUACACCGUAAUAUUGUUUCGAACAUUAAUGGAUCCAGAAAACCCUUGUUUCACCUCCCGAAUCUUAAAACGCAUCUUUCUUCCCCGACCGCCAUAAUUAGCUCCAUCCCGAGUAAGUGUUUUGGCCAAACUUUGCACUUUAGAGUUACUGCUGAAGAUGCAACUUUGGACAGAUCAGAAACGUUCAACUCACUUGCACUGCUUUGUGUUGAAGAAAGCGAGAGCAAGCUUGCUAUCAGAAUGACCUCCGAGUUCUAUUUGUUUGUGAAAGAAAGCUUUGAGGUUAUCGAAGUGGAGAAGUGCGCAAACCGUGGACUUACUAGGCAACAACUGAGCCUCAAGAGUAAAAUAACUUGUGCCGAUUGGGAUGAUUUAGGGGCCAAGGAGGUAGCAUUUCGUGAUGGGAAUAAGCCCUUGCAUGUUUCGUAUUGGAUGGGAUCAACUUGCCCUAUUGGAGUGGUUAUGGCAAUCCAAUCUCCUAAUGAAGCCACACUUGGAAUCAACAUUUUGGUCUCCGUGCCUAAUGCCUCUGAACUUUGAAACGGUUUCUAUGUGAAUGCUUAGUUAUUAGUAAAGUGAUAUGUAAUUUAUAUUUGAAUUAGUUAAGGGGUUGAUUCUCACCUUGAAUAAUGAAAGAUUUUAGUUGUU